CGGAAAUUUGGCAAUAUAAUUCAAUAUGGUUCCUACAACAAACAAAUAGUCGGCGAUUUGUUUAUCAAAAAUGUGUUGUGAUUUAAUGUUAGUUUGUGAAAAAUGAUGUUAUGUGUUCUUGGUUUAACAUAAGAAGUAGUGUUUUAUAAUAUUUGCUUACUGUAAAACUCUGGAGAAGCUUUAAAAUUUAGGCGCCAUGUUCAGCCAAGCCCAUUAUUCUAUACUACUAUUUAUUUUAUGUUUAUUUUCUACUUCUUAUAAAAUAAACUGCAAUUUAAUAGAUCCCCUAUCCUACACUGAAGAUGAUAAGGAAUUAAAUAUGACGAUUAAAGUGCUAAGACAUGAGGAUCACAAUAAGUUACCCCUUGGGGAUAAUGUAACAAUUAUUUGCAAAACCAAAUGGAUGACCAGUAAAAUGUGGUGGACCUUCAAUGAAAAAAACAUUUCAGAACAGGAAGGAUUUAAACUGGAAAUGGAGAGUGAGAAUAUAAACAAAGAAUCGGGCAAUAAAUAUGAAGUUUCAAUUUUGCAUAUAUUAAAGAUUGACUUUGGCCAUGUUGGGGACUAUGUUUGUCAUGCAGCCAAUGAAAAUGUAACUGAUUUAGAUCGUCACAGCAUAAUUUUAAACGUGACCUCACCUGCUCAAAUAGUACAAAUCUCUUCGCCAAUUUUCGCGAAAAUCCACGAGAGCGUCACAUUGGUCUGUUUGGUGCAAGGUUACCCCAUUGAGGAGGUGAUGUGGUUCAAGGAGGACAAGUUGAUUGUUGAAGGUUCCAAAAUGGAAUCCAUCAACAGUACACUAAAAAAUUCCACGUUGAGCAUCGAGGAAGUGAAGAAGAGCGACAAUGGAAGUUACAUCUGUAAAAGUACGAACGGCGUUUUGCGAGUGAACGCGUCAAGUGCCAUAAUGGUUUUGGAUAAACCUCAAAUAACGAUUGACUUUAUUAAAGCUAUUGCAACCAAUAAAAUUUACCUCAAUUGGACUGUCAAUGACGGCAACAGUCCGGAUCUUAAGUAUACGAUACAGUACAUGAAGAAGGGAGAUUCCAACUGGAUAUAUUAUAAGAACGAAAUCAAGGGAAAAAACACGUCGUGCAUUCUUAAGGACAACUUUAAAAACGGCACGGAGUACACCAUAAGGAUGAUGGCGACCAAUAAGCAAGGUGACAGCCAAUAUUACACCGCCGACGCAAUCGAAAUGUUGGACGAGGAUCCCGUUUUUAUACCUGUUGUAACCGUGACAGGCGUUACGACCAGCUCGAUCACCAUCAAAUGGACUACCCCGCACGACAAAAUCAAGGAACACAUCCACUAUUUCAACUUGAUCAUGAAUAAUUCCAGCGAGAGAUUGGAAGCCUAUCAUCCGGCCUCGAAAGACAAUCUGUACAUGUUCUCGGAGCUGGAGUCUGCGACCACAUACGUGUUCCAAGUGUCCGCAUGCAGCGAGUACACGAAAGAAUGCGGAGCCAGCUCGGAGCCCGUAAACGGCACAACCAUGGACGGCAUGUCCGGUCCCCCGACAAACGUAACAGUAGAAUGCCGAUUCGACAACAUCAGCCACACCAGUUUCGUCUACGUCACCUGGAGGCCGCCAAUCACGCCGCACGGCACCAUCACCUCCUAUAACGUUCACUUGGAGGGCUCGGCUUCCUACGUAAACGAGCAGGGUUUGCUGGAACAGAUCACGUGGGGCCCGAAAGUGACGAACGUCAACGAGAAAAACCCGGUGACGCGUUUUUACAACGUGUCCGCGAACACGAAUUACACGGUCAAGUUGGCCGGCGUGACGCGCCUGCGCAAAAACGGCGAGUCCGUCGAAACUUCCUGCACCAUGCCGCCCACCCUGCCCGACAAGCAAAAGUUGUCGCGCAUAUCGUGGCGCAAAAUGGAGCAGGAGCAGGAAAAGUGGAUUUUCAAAUUGUCCAUGCCGAGAGUGUCCGAACGAAACGGCCCGAUCUGUUGCUACCGAAUCUACUUGGUGCGCAUGGAGGAUCAACAAAAAUUGGCCGAGCUGCCGACGCCCGAGGAUUUAACCAUAGUCUCCUACAUGCAAGCGCACAGAACGCCCCGAGGUGGCGCCUACGUCGCCGAAAUGUUCUCCAGCACAACGUUCCACCAGGAGGUUUUUCUCGGGGACGAUCAAGUUUUCAAUUCCAGCAACACCGAAUGCGACGAAUGCAUAGGCUUAAGACCCUACAACACGCCGAGAGAGGAAAAAAUCAACAAGGUCACCAACAAUACCGCCAAUCGGGUCAGAAGGCAAAACGAAAAGUUGGACGAUCCUUUGCCGCCGUACGAUGGCAAUCUCGACAUCAGCAGCAAUUAUACCGCUUUCGUGGAAAUUAUUGUUCGCAGUUCGGAUACGACGUUUCUGGCAGCGUACAGUAACUACUUGGAGAUGCUAAGCCCAGGUCCUGAAGUAGUUGCUGCUCCUGCUGUCGAUACCAUAGGACUUACCGUGCAAGUGCUCUGUGCGCUAUUCAUUGUAAUACUGCUGAUAUUCGGUACGCUUUGUAUAUUGCACCGCUACACCAAGCAAGCGCACGCACAGGCCGUCGAGAUGAUCACCUUCAGGACUUCACUCAGGAGUCUGCGGGGCCGUCAGAGAUUAGUGUCGCUAAAUCCACCCGAUAUGUGCCCAAUUAGCAAAGGGGAUUUGGUGUCUGCCUACGUGGAACGACACCGGGAUUCGGACUACGGCUUUCAACAGGAAUUCGAAUUGCUGCCCGAUCGAUUUUCAGACAGAACCACCAGAUCAUCGGACACAAGAGAGAAUGUCUACAAGAACCGUUACCCCGAUAUUAAAGCAUACGAUCAAACUAGAGUCAAACUAUCGCAAGUGGACAGCAUCGCUGGUUCCGAUUAUGUCAACGCCAAUUUCGUAAUGGGUUACAAAGAACGAAAGAAGUUUAUUUGCGCACAAGGCCCUAUGGAUACCACAGUCAACGAUUUCUGGCGAAUGAUUUGGGAGCAGCAUUUGGAGUUGAUUUUGAUGCUCACGAAUCUCGAAGAGUACAGCAAAACCAAGUGCGCCAAAUAUUGGCCCGAUAAAUGCGAUGGCGAUAAAAGUUUCGGCGAUAUAACCGUUACGCACGUGCAGGAAACACGAUUUUCCGACUACAUCGUGCGCGAUUUGAAAAUCUCGCGGGCCACGACAGGCGGCAGCAAAGAUUUGGAAGAGAGGAGAAUAACGCAGUACCACUACUUGGUCUGGAAGGACUUCAUGGCCCCCGAGCAUCCCAACGGAAUAAUUAAAUUUAUAAAGAGAGUCAAUGAGGCUUAUUCGAUUGAGAAGGGUUGCAUUUUGGUGCAUUGUUCCGCCGGAGUCGGCAGAACUGGCACCUUGGUGGCUAUGGAUUGUCUCCUGCAACAGUUCAAAGAGGAAGGAAGCGUCUCUAUCUUCAAUACUAUUUGUGAUUUGAGACAUCAAAGAAACUUCCUGGUUCAAAGUUUGAAACAAUACAUUUUCAUAUAUAGAGCUUUGAUGGAGGUUGCUCAGUAUGGCGAUACCGAAAUCGGCGCCCAUGAGUUGAAGGCAACCGUCGAUAAGUUGAGGCAAUGUGAUAAAGAUAAAGUGAAGUGUCCAUUGGAGGAGCAAUUUGAGAAUAUCGUGAACGCUUUUGAAGACAGAAAAUCGUGCUCUGUGGCCGGCGGCGAGGAAAACCGCGAGAAAAAUCGCUCCGACAGCGUUCUACCGUACGACAGAAACCGAUUUAUCCUCACCCCUCUCUCGGGCAAAGAACAUUCAACUUACAUAAACGCGUCGCUUAUAGAAGGUUACGACAAUUGCGAAUCCUUCAUCAUAACUCAGGACCCGUUGGAAAACACGGUGAGCGAUUUUUGGCGCAUGAUCGCCGAGCAGGGCAUCAGCGUCAUCGUUAUGAUGUCGGAGGUGGGCGAUAACAAGUGCACGCGUUACUGGCCAGAGGAAGAAGAGAGGACGUACGAUCACAUCACGGUGCGCUACGCGCAAGCCGAGACGUGCCCUUACUACACCAGAAGGGAGAUGUUUGUUAAAAGCAGGGACGGCGAGGAGCAAAAGGUCAUCCACUUGCAGUACCACGGCUGGCCCACGGUCGACGGAGAGGUGCCGGAAGUGACGAGGGGCAUGAUAGAGCUGGUGGAUCACGGUCAGUCGGCGGUGGUGAAAAACGAAUACUCGGCCUCGAUGGUGGUGCAUUGCAACUUGGGUUCCGACAGGAGCUCCAUGUUUGUCGGUCUCACGAUUUUGGUGCAGCAACUGCGUACCGAAAAGCGCGUCGACAUUUUCACGGUCGUCAGAAAGUUGCGCUCUCAAAGGCACGCGUUAAUCAAUUCAUAUGCUCAGUACGAGUUUCUUCAUAGAGCCAUAGUGAACUAUGCAGACCUGCAUGGUUUAUGUGAAAAGUAAUGUUUUAUAAUUGGUGCCAUAUAUUAACAUUUAUAUUCCAUUCCAGAAAAUACCAUAACUUGGUCUCAUGAAUAUUUGGGUAUUUUUAUAUGUAUUUAUUGAUAUUUAUAACGUGAUUUUUAUUCAUAUCUUUUUGAAAAUAUUUUUUCUAGUUCAAAACCAAAGUACAUGUGG